GACUUCAUGCGGGAAUGGUUACCGUUGCGGGACCAAAUGCUCCAACGGCUCAUUGAUCUGGAAGGUCCGCAGGAGAGGCGCAUCUGCGGCGGGUGCAAAGGGGAGUGGAGUCCUUGGAGGUGCAUUGACUGUAUUGGUAGGCCGUCAUUUUGCACAGCUUGCUGCCUGAAACAGCAUGAGGCGGACUACCUACAUCGGGUGGAGCACUGGGUGCCAUGGGAUCCGGCUGGCCCGCCCGUGGGGGAAAGUCCGCGCUCUGUGGAUGAGUCCGCGGACGAGGAUGCAUCGAGCGAGUGGGGGGAAGUUGAGACCGAGCUAUUGCCCACCGCGGAUUCCUCGGUGGAACAAGGGCCCAUUCUAUCUGCAGAGGGUAGGUUCGGCGGGGCCGACAUGUGCAAGAAACUGACAGUUGCCGACAUCACGGGAGUGCACACCUUACGUGUGACGUACUGCGAAUGUGACAAUGCGGCAAGCAAACCAUUUCAACUGCUCGAUAUGGGAUUGUACCCCGCCACCGUACUCGCGCCGCGCACGGCCUUUACAUUCAGAGUAUUGGAUGAUUUCCUGCUCGCGAACAAGGUCUCUGGUAUUGCCGCGCAGAGUUAUUUUGAACGGCUACGACGCCUGACCAGCACCGCCUUUCCACAGUCCAUACCGGAUAGGUAUCGUGAGCUGUUGCGCGUUAGUCGACAGUGGCGGAAUCUGAAAUAUCGGAAAUGGCACGGGUUUGGGCACGGGCGAGGAGAGGCCGGACCUGGAGACUUGGCACUCGGGUGCGUCGCGUGCCCUCGCCCGGGGGUUAAUCUCCAGCCUGGUUGGGAGCAGGACAAGGAUCGGUGGAAGUUCACGCAAACCUUCGUUAUGGACGGAAAUUUCAGCGCUGAGCAUCUCAAGAUGCGCCGCCCACAAGACGAUGUCUCGCUCGCUGACGGGCAUGGUUUUAUGGUCACGGAUGGUCCUUAUAAGCGCCAUCUCAAAGAGGCGAUCGACGCCCGCGAGAAGUCGAGUUGCCACGCUCAUCGCGCCGUGAACCAAGCGAAUGCAAAUCGGCACGACAUGGAAGCAACGGGUAUCGGGGCGGUCGCCUGUGGGCGACAUGGAUGCUUCGUACCGCACGCCAUCGUCGAUUUCCAGAAAGGCGAACGGCAAAUGAAUAUGGACUACGCCUUAUCACAAGCGCUGCAACUAUAUGCCGGCAUUGCAAUAUUUCUCAUCAUGUACGACGUCGCCUGUCAAUACAGCAAACACGCAGUAGAAAGGUUUACCAAAAGCAGCGGGUAUCUUCAUUGGCCCGCUGCCAUCCUGGUAUAUUGGGGCAUUGGCCUCUUUCACAUCCAUGGCCAUCAGCGGGAUUGCCUGCCAAAGUACUCGCCGGACUUUAUUCCGGGCGCCGGCCGGGUCGAUGGCGAGAUAAUAGAGACCCUUUGGUCCCCGCUAAAUCGGAUCUCAGGGAGCACUCGGGCCAUGUCGACAUCCCAUCGCAAGGAGGUGAUUGACGAUCAUAUGAACGAUGCGAACUGGCGGAAGACAGUCGGAAUGGCAGUGAAAAUGCUAUCGCGCAGAUACCGCCAAGCGACAAAAGAGCGCCUGCUUUCAGCAGAGGUGCUGCAGGAUCUAGAAACGUCGAGCGAUCCCAAUCGAUUAGCGGAAUGGAAGGCGUUCGAGGCGAGAGCGAGGGCGGAGAGGCACCUCGACCUCCGCGUCAUGGAGGUUUAUGAAGUGACUCAGGAGAAAGCCCCGGGAAAGCGCGCAAUUCAACUUUUGCUUGAACAAGAGGAGGGAAAGCGGAAGGAAACCCCAGGUCUCGCCUCUUGGUUAGCGGAAGGCCUCGCAAUCCAAGAACAGCAAAUCGCGGUGUCAGGCCUGGCGCGGCGACAGAAGGCCGAUCCGUUGCUAUCGUCGCAAUUGCAGCUAGUCAGCAGACGGAAUAGGCUCCGCCGGGCGGUCGACCGCUUCUGCGCUCAGGCCGGCACGUUCUGGGAAGACGGCGCUGAGGAGGAGGCCGAUCAAGAGGCCGAUCAAGAGGCCGAAGCCUUUCCCGUGUCUUACGCUGGUGAAGAGUGGGAGGACGUGGAUGAGGACCCAGACGUGACGGAUGAACUUGUAGUCAUUGAUGAGCCCGAGGACAUGAUUCAGCCCGAAGCAAUAAUGCUUCCCCUCCCCUCCACCUCGGGAAUACAGAAGCUGCGGGCCCUCAACAAGGCGCAAUACGGCGAGCAGGAACUUCGUCUCCGGGUCGGACAGGCGAAUGAUGCUCUUCACCGCCUUCGAAUGGCAAUUGGCCUAAAGUCCGCCGUGUUCCGCAACGAUGUGCGUCUGGCGGAGGGGUAUCGAACGCAAACGCGCGCCUGGACGCAAAUCCAAGGAAUAGCGAAAGUGGCGACAGAGCAAGCCCGCGUCUACACCCUAGCACGAAAUGCGAUGAAGCGCCUCGUCAUGUCUGAGACAGCGGUUAUGCAGCGGUACCGGCCGCUACAUAAAGAAGACCUGAACGCAACGACUCACCUCAUUGACAACGCGGAGCGAAACUCUCGACACAAAGUUUUGUCCUGGAUAUGGUCCGUCGAUGUCGGCCUCGACACGGAAAACUCUGACUGGCUUUUGGAAAUUCAUCGUGUUAAUUGGUUACGGGAGAAAGCAAAAUGUGACCGGUGGAAGGAACAGGUCGUGCUCCUAGAGGAAGAGAUGAAGCAGACGGUGCGAUCUUUCGAGUUUAGGGCACGUUUAUGGAACGGGCGUCGGUUAGGCUCCCCAGGACAGCGUUCGUACGCCAUGCGCCAGGCGUCAGUCUGGAAGAGGCUUUCCGAUGAAGCACGGCUAUCUUUCAUGAGAUUCUUGCCCGACGGCUUUUAGCAUGUGCAGACCUCCAGUGG